AUGUAUUGGCAGCGACGGCAGCCAGAUGCUUCUGCGCAACAUGACCUCGACGUAGAAGAUCUUAUCCUGAUGCACGAAACCGAUCUCAACUUCUCUUUCGCGAACUCCGAGACAACCCAUACUUGCACAAAGUCUGGUAAGCUCCAGGCCGUUAUGGAGGACGAGAACCACGUCAAUCAGUAUGAUGAUGGAACUCUGUUCUGA